UGUAGCUGUCAUGACGUGGAGCUGAUCGAGACGCAGCUGCCGCCUCUGCCGAGCCAACAAGUCCUCUUCCCGGCGACAAAACAUAAUUUGCUCGCUCCGGUUAACCGCUCCUUUGUCGGCGAUGAUGAGGUGGUGACCCUGGGUCGGCCAGGCCGUGAGAUGAUUGCAGCUUGGCACGGAGAAAAGACGGAGCAGAGUGAUUGAGACAGAAGAAUGGGCAGGAGCACCUGGGGCUGCUGGCAAGGCGUCAUCUCUACUGCAGUGCUCUACGGCUCUCUGGCCUUGUUUACCUCCAUCCUCCACAAUGUGUUCCUCCUCUACUACGUGGAGACGUUUGUGUCCAUCUACAAAAUUGAUAAAGUCUCCUUCUGGAUCGGAGAGACGGUGUUCCUGAUAUGGAACAGUCUGAAUGACCCUCUCUUCGGCUGGCUGAGUGAUCGCGCCUUCCUCGGCUCUCCUCAGUCAGGCCCUCCCAUCACCACUCCCGAGGUGGUGCUGAAGCGGCUGAAGGCCCUCUCCACCAAUGGUCCCCUCUUCUCUCUGUCCUUCCUGGCGUUCUGGGUGGCGUGGGCCCGACCGGGGCUGCAGUUCCUGCUCUGCCUGUGUCUGUACGAUGGUUUCCUCACCAUGGUGGACCUCCACCACAGCGCCCUGCUGGCCGACCUCGCCGUGUCCGCCAGCGACCGAAACCGCCUCAACUUCCACUGCUCCGUGUUCAGCGCUCUGGGUUCCUUCUCCGUCUUUUUGUCCUACUCCUUCUGGGACAAGGAGGACUUCUACUUCUUCCGUCUCUUCUGUGUGGCUCUCGCAGCUUUCUCCGUCUUGGGCUUUUUCUUCGUGUCUCAGUUGCUUCAGCAUCGAUUCCAAAAGGAAGUCCGUCCAAGACAGGAUGAGGCGCUGACACUCAAGGAGCUGAGUGUUGGCCACGCUCCUCUCACCCACCCAGACAAACCUGUCACCAUCGGACAGUACCUCAAGCAGCUCUCCAAACACAAGAACUUCAUGUGGUUUGUGUCCAUGAACCUUGUGCAGGUCUUUCACUGCCACUUCAACAGCAACUUCUUCCCUCUUUUUCUGGAACAUCUCCUGUCUGACAAUAUUUCUGCCUCGACAGGUUCAAUCCUCCUCGGCAUCUCUUACAUUGCCCCCCACCUGAACAACUUGUAUUUCCUGACACUGUGCCAGCGUUACGGGGUUUACCAGGUUAUCCGCUGGCUAUUUAUGCUCAAACUGGGACUUAGUGUGGCUAUGCUGCUGGCAGGGGCCGACCACAUUUAUCUGCUGUGCAUCUUCAUUGCUAGUAACCGGGUGUUUACAGAGGGGACGUGCAAGCUGCUGAAACUGGUGAUUUCAGAUCUGGUGGACGAGGACUUUGUGGUGAACCGGCGUCAGCAGGCCACCUCGGCUCUCCUCUUCGGGAUGGUCGCCUUGUUAACCAAACCUGGCCAGACGUUCGCCCCUCUCAUCGGCACCUGGCUGCUCUGUGUUUACACAGGUUAUGACAUUUUUGAGAGGGAACCCGUGAAGGACUCUCUGGUUUCUGUGCCUGACGUAGCCUCCGGCUCAGGGACUCCGCCUCUCCGCCUGGGCUGCUUCUACAUGUUGGUGUUUGUGCCUAUCACCUGUGCCCUGCUGCAGCUGGCUGCGUGGUCUCGCUUCACCCUUCACGGCCGCAAGCUGCAGGGGAUCAAGACGCUGAGGCAAGGCGCCCAGCACGGCCACCUUAUCGAUGUCAAGGCCAUAUGAACUGAACCAAAGCUGCACACAGACACUUUUUAAACGGCCAGUUUAACAAUCCCUCUGUGCAGCUCAGCCUUGUGUGCAACAACAUGAACCACGACACAUCAUGUGGUUUUUAUUGACAAAGAAAAAAAGCACAGUCGGCUGAGAAAUCCCGCUGGGAAGAACAUGAAACAACAUUUUAAAAAAACUAAACUUGCCUUAUUUUUUAUAUUAAAUAUUUACCUAUAUUUAUAUUUGAAAGAUGACCAAAAGACAAAGUGGAACCAAUCAAUCCUUUUGGAUGUAGACGGACCAAGAAACAACUUUUCUCUGUGUGCACCAAAGACGGGGUGCCCUCUUUUAAACUGUUUGUGAGGCAUCAUUCUGGUCUCAGUCUUAACGCCAUUGCUAACAGGCAAUUUAUCAGUAACAUCAGCCAGAUUUUAACAGAACGACGGGAGGCUUCGCACAGAGCUCCGCUUCUGAUUUCUAAUGUCAUUAACAAGAUGAAGAACAAGAAAUAAACUUGCAUUAAUGUGUUCAGAGUUCUGCAUGGAAUCCACUUCAGAGCUGAUUAAUUGUUCUACUAUUUCUUUCCCUGCCAUGGUGAGAACUGGUUUUUCUGAUGCGUACAGUAUUGAUGAUGAUGUUUUUUUGCACAAAACUGCCAUUUGUCUGUUGUACUUCUAACAUUCUGAUUGUGACAUAUUUUAUGUACUGUAAUGAUGAAAAUUGGAAUAGAAAAAAUGAUGUUGGUGACCAUAUGAUCUGUUCACUUUUUGUAUUUUUUCAGAUUAUACAAAGAACGUGAGGCAUUACCACAAAUAAAUUUCAGCUAUGUUGAAAGUCAACAAAACUCUGUUGUUCUGUCUCACCUUUUUAUAAGAUGAGACUUUUAUCAGACCAUUCAAACUCCACAACAUUUUUUUUUUACAGGGCCAAAGAACUUCUUAAUAAAAUUGUCUGACCACC